ACCGCCCCGGUGUGGCCGCGGGACUGGGGCGGGACCCGCCCCGGUGUGGCCACGGCACCGAUCACGGCACCGAUCACGGGACCGAUCACGGGAUCGAUCCGGGACCGCCUGUUCCCGUUCCCCGUUCCCAGUUCCCGUUCCCAGUUCCCGUUCCCAGUUCCCGAUCUCGCUCCCCUUUCCUGUUCCCAUUCCCGUUCCCGUUCCCGCUCCGGGUUUUCCCGCUUCCCCCGUGCUCCGCAGCGCCCCCUGGUGGGGCCGGGGCCGGCAGAGGGAGGCGUGGCCUCCAGGGGGCGUGGUCGGUGUAUGAGGGGGCGUGGCCUCGCCGCGCGGUGCCGCCCCCUGGCGGCGGAGGGCGGAGCGCGCCAAGAUGGCGGCGGAGCCGGAGCCGGGCCCGGGGCCCGACCCGGAGCUGGAGGAGCUGCUGGACAGUGCCCUGGAUGACUUCGAGCGCAGCCGCCCCUCCCCCGCGCCGCCCCCUCCCCCCUCCUCCUCCUCCCUCCCCUCCCCCUCCGCCGCCGACUCGGCCAAGGAGCGCUUUUUCCAGGAGCUCUUCGAGGGGGAGUUGGCCUCGCAGGCGGCGGCCGAGUUCGAGGAGGCCAUGAGGGAGCUCGCCCGGCAGGAGCCGCAGCUCGUCCAGCAGUUCCAGAAGCUCUCGGAGGCGGCGGGGAGAGUCGGCCCCGACGCCGCCUCCCAGCAGGAAUUCACGUCGUGCCUGAAGGAGACGCUGAGCGGGCUGGCCAAGAACGCCACCGACCUGCAGAGCUCGGCGGGCUCGGAGGAGGAGCUGGCCCAGGCGCUGGAGGGGCUGGGGAUGGACGAGGGCUCCGGGGACGGGGGGGUCCUGCCCGUCAUGCGCAGCCUCAUGCAGGCCCUGCUGUCCAAGGACGUGCUCUACCCCUCCCUCAGGGACAUCACCGACAAGUACCCCGAGUGGCUGCGGCAGCACGGGGGGUCGCUGCCCCCGGAGCAGCAGGAGCGGUUCCGGGCCCAGCACUCCCUCAUGUCCCGGCUCUGCGCGGAGCUGGAGCGGGAACAGCCCGGGGAGCCCGAGGGGCAGCGGAGGCAGCGCUUCGAGACCCUCCUGGACCUCAUGCAGCAGCUGCAGGAGCUGGGACACCCCCCCAAGGAGCUGGCGGGGGACACGCCCCCCGGAUGGAACCUGGAGCUGCCGGGGGGGGCGGGGGGGGAGCAGUGCCGCCUCAUGUAG